AUGGGAAAGUCACCAUGCUCUGAGAAGUCAGGGUUGAAGAAAGGGCCAUGGACACCGGAAGAAGACCAAAAGCUCAUGGUUUUCAUUGAAGAACAUGGCCAUGGAAGCUGGCGUGCAUUGCCUGCCAAAGCUGGUCUUAGAAGAUGCGGAAAGAGUUGCAGAUUGAGGUGGACUAAUUACCUCCGACCUGAUAUAAAACGAGGAAAGUUCAGCUUGCAGGAAGAGCAAAAAAUUAUUCAACUUCAUGCCCUUCUAGGAAACAGAUGGUCAGCCAUAGCAACUCACCUGUCAAAAAGAACAGACAACGAGAUCAAGAACUAUUGGAACACCCACCUCAAGAAAAGGCUAAUAAGAAUGGGCAUAGAUCCCAUUACCCACAAGCCAAAAUUGGAUACACUAAGCCAUUACAACAAUAAUGGCUCCAAUCUCAGCCACAUGGCUCAGUGGGAGAGUGCUCGGCUCCAAGCUGAAGCCAGAUUAGUCAGAGAAUCCAAGUUGCAACACCACAAUAACAAAAUGCAUAGUAGCAUGCAUGCCAUGAUGCUUGCCACUCAUGAUGACCUUGAUUCUCCAACAUCCACUUUGAGCUUCCCUAUCUCAAUCAAUGAGAAUUUAAUUCCAACAACAACCACUAUCCCUAUAGCCACUGAAGAACUCAUGAGCGAAACUGAAAAGAGAAUGUGCAACGAUACAAUGUCAUGCUUGUUGCAAGACCACGAUGACAUUAUGGUGGCUGUUGAAGCAUUUAGAGGUGCUGGCUACGACAAUAAUAGUAAUAAUGAUGUCACACUCACAUCUCUCUCUAGCGAUUUCAUGGUAGGGUACUUCAACAAUGAUGAUAUUAAUAUGGUCUUUGAUUCCAACGAUAAUUUAGCACAACAUAACUUGCCAACCGCUAAUGGGGAUGGAAGCAACUGUGACAUCAACUUCGAGGAGAAUAAGAAUUACUGGAAUAGCAUAGUUAACUUGGUGAAUGAUUCAUUGUUCUAA